CCUCAGUGACCAUUCUAUUCAUUUUCAAACACUUAUUCUCUUGAGUGAUUACCAACAAACAUCAUUCACCAUGACUCCUCAAUCGAAGUCGACCUUCACCAUCACCCAUCUCACCACGGCAACCGCCAUCCUCAACAUUGACGGAAUCAACUUUCUGACCGAUCCUUAUUUCGGCGCCGAGGAAGGCACAGCAUACGACGAGACCGCGGAAUGGAGUAAAGCAGACCUCUCUCCAUUCGGCCUCACCUCCGUCCCACCGCCGCCCCAUCUCGUCAACCACAAGGGCUCAUCCGUCCGACUCCACGACCUGCCUCCAAUUGACGCGGUCCUGCUCAGCCACGAAGACCACCUCGACAACCUCGACCCAGAAGGCCGCAAGCUGCUCGAUGGCCGUCGAGUCUUCACCACCAUGGACGGCGCCAAGAACCUCUCGCCUCGUCCGGGUGUGGUCGGCCUUCGUCCAUGGCAAACCGUCACCUCCGUUAUUGGCGACAAGGAGUUCCGCAUCACCGGCACCCCCUGCAAGCACUUCCCCGUGGGUGAGGUGACCGGAUUCGUCCUCGAAACGGAUUCCUUCGGCACGCAUGCCGAGUCAGGGAAGCCCAACGCCAUCUAUUUCUCCGGAGAUACCGUCUACAUUGACGAGUUGCAGGAGAUCGGGAAGCGGUGGCAUAUCACCGCGUCGCUGUUCAACCUGGGUAAUGCGACGUUUACGUUCCCGGUUGGGACUUUUCAGAUUACGAUGGAUGGGAAGCAGGCUGUGAGACUGAUGCGGGAUAUCGGGGCUGAGGUCAUGAUUCCGAUUCAUUUCGAGUCGUGGGAGCAUUUCAAGGAGGAUCGGGAAGGUCUGGAGAAGGUGUUUACUGAGGAGGGUGUUAUUGACCAGAUUCGAUGGACUGAACCGGGUGUUCCGAAGAAGAUUUACUGA